AUGGCAUCAACCACCGCCCCGGCUACUGCCACAGAGCAACCAAAGGUUAUCCUUUACUGGCUUGAACAAUCCCGGUCUCAGCGCAUCCUAUGGCUCCUUGAAGAACUUAAGGUCGACUACGAGCUGAAGAUUUACCACCGCGACCCCAAGACGCACCUCGCUCCUCCCGAGCUCAAGGAGAUUCACGCUUUGGGUAAAUCGCCUGUCAUCUCAGUCCUCGCCCCUGGCGCAACCAAGCCAAUCGUCAUAGCCGAGAGUGGGUUUAUCAUCGAGUAUCUCCUCGACCACUUCGGCAAUGGAAGCACUCUGCUCCCGAAGCGAUAUCAAGAGGGCAAGGAGGGAAAGGUCGGAGGGGAGACCGAGGAGUGGAUGCGAUUCCGCUAUUUCAUGCACUACGCCGAAGGAAGUCUGAUGCCGCUCAUGGUUAUGUCUCUCGUUGUUGGUCAGAUCAAGGGUGCCCCCGUACCCUUCUUCAUCAAGCCCAUCACUGGUCGGAUCGCUGGUACAGUCAACUCGAGCUUCCUCGACCCGAACUUCCAGUCAACCUACGAGUUUCUCGAAGGCCAAAUCGCGUCCUCGCCAGACGGGGGCAAGUACCUGUGCGGACCUCGGCUCACUGGCGCCGACAUCCUCAUCAGCUUCCCACUGAUCGCAGGCCGGAGCAGAACAGGGUUGACCAAGGAGAAAUUCCCAAAGCUGAGCGAAUACGUGGACAGAAUGGAGGCAGAGCCGGGCUAUAAGAAGUCAGUGGAGAAAAUCAUUGAGAUCGACGGGUCGUUCUCGGCAACCCUGUAA